CAAGAGUUCUGCUGACUUGGAGUUGGAGUUACACUUUACCGGUAACCGGCUCCCAUACAUCUAACUUAAGGCGACAGCCCGGCCUCCAUGCCCCCCGUGGACCCCGCGCCACCGCCGGAGGAGGGCGGCCGGCCGAGACCUGCGGCGAUCGGCAUCGACUUCGUGACGAGCAAAUGCUGCGUGGCUGCGGUGCGCGACGGUCGGGUGGACGUCCUGGAGAACGAGUUGGGGCAAAGAACGACGUCUUCCUGUGUUGCCUUCAACUCCCAGCAGCGACUAGUGGGCAGCGAUGCCCUGGACCAGGCCGUUGUGAACUGCGCCAACACCAUGCACGCCGUCAAGAGCUUCCUGGGGAGGACCUACGACGAAGUGAAGGACUGCCAUUCUCCUUGUCAUAUUCAACCAAUUCUUAAGGGUCAUAGAUUCAAGUACGUCUUCCAGUACAAAAAUCGUGAUCAGAGGCUGAGACCCGAGCAGGUGGCCGCCAUACUGCUCGGGAAGAUGAAGGACAUCGCGGAAUCCUCUCUGGGUUGUCCCGUGGACCGCGCGGUCAUCUCGGUACCGGCUUCGUUCGGCAACGCGCAGCGACUCGCGGUAAAAUACGCCGCGCAAGUCGCAGGAAUAGAAGUUCUUCAGCUGAUUAACGAAACAACCGCGGCGGGGGUCGCCUUCGCGGACUACCGUACCGUCAAAACCCCCGCGGUUAUCGCGGUGGUGGAUUUUGGGGCGGGCAAGCUGGAUGUGUCCAUCAUGGAGGUGAGGGAUGGAACGGUGCAAGUCAUGGCUGCUGCUGGAAAUCCUCAGCUGGGUGGCUAUAACAUCGACCACUCAUUGGUUGACCAUUGUUUAGCUCUAAUUCAGGAAAAACAUAACUACAGAGUAUAAGAUAAGCAGCAGCUGGAACGCCUGCGCGUUGCGUGUAAAAAGCUAAGAAUACUCUGACUUUUUUUCCUGAAACUCAGUUGAUGCUUGAGUGUCUCUUCUUCAGCAUAGACGUAAGCCUCACCGUCAAGAGGAAAGACUUAGAUUUACUCAUUGAAUUUGCCAUCCGCCGUGAGGUAACAAGCAUAUUUGAUCAUCUUCUCCGUCAGGUAUCAUUAACCAAAGAUGUAAUCAGCAAGGUUGUGCUGGUCGGUGGUUCAACACGCGUGCCGCUGGUGCGGGCCGUCCUCGAGGAAUAUUUCGGUCCGGGAAAGUUGGACCAAACGGUGAACAAAAACGAGGCUGUGGCCCAGGGCGCCGCCUUACGGGCUGCGACAUUAAUUGGACAAGAAUCUGGGACUUCGAUCGAUGUCCAAGACGUGACAUCUUUCCCUACCUUUGGUGGCGAUAACAGCAAGGAAUUCGUCGAUUUGUUCGAGCGCAUCCCGUUGUCCCGAAAUAUCAAUAUUACCUCCAGCAAAACUUCUUACAUGCGGAACUUAUAUGAACGUUGCAACACAGGAGGAAACAAUAAAACCUUUCAAGUUUCCAAUUCCCGCAGCAAUGAGUUUUUCAGUCUCGCUGGCCGUGGUUGUUUAGCCGUGAGCGUCGACGCAAGUGGUAUACUUGAGGUUCACGCAGAAGUAAAUGGCAAAAUUCUUGAUGGAUUGGUGAUGUGCACAAAUUACUGUUCUCCAGGUGUGAUAAAAGAAUGGAUUGAUGUAGCUAACAAAUUUCGCAAGGACGUUGAAAACGAAAAAGAUCGCGUUGAUGCUGAGACGCAACUAAAAUCCCUGGUCUACGAAGUUAAAGCGGCUCUAUGCGAUGUCCAAGGGUUACUAUCGAGUGGAGAAAUAUCUGAGACAACACAUUUGUGCGACGCCACUCUCGAUUGGAUAGAAGACGCACAGGCGGCUCCGCUUCAAGAUUUUGAAGUCAGGAUAUCGAAAUUGGCACAAGUUAAAGAAAAAUUAGACAGGAUCAAGUUACUUGCUGUGGAACCUAAAGAGGAAGUAGACAGUUUUCAAAAUGAAUUUCUCGACAAAAGUAAGAAAUUUGUGGAAGAAAAGGCAAGAGAAUCUAGUGUGAACGUUCAGAACCACGGAUUGAACAGUAAGUUGUCUCACAUGUCAAAGGAUCAAUUCGAAGAAACCCGUAAUGAUGGAGUCUCUAACGACAGAACAGCUCUGUUGUUCGCUUCCAAGGCCGAUAACCGAUCUGAUAACGGGGAUGCUAAAAGUUUGUCUUAUAAAAAUGUCGCCAAUAAUUCUACUGCAUCAAAAAAUCUUGAAGCUACCGAAACGAAUGCCUCAAUUUUGACUGAAAACAAUAUAAAGAAAAGCGAAGUUGAUAAUCAGACCUCAUCUAGAGGAGAACCAUUACACACCUGUGAAAUUUAUUCUUUGGGAUAUGAUGUUCAGAGCUCAUCGUUAAGAAUGGAAUCUG